AAAUUAGAAACUACAUGUGUGACUGCGUCCCCUGUUUUCCUCAGGAUUUAACACGGUUUUAAAGCUGGAAUUAUUUUAAGGAUCCAGCCGCCGCUUUAGUAUUAAUCUUGCGAAAAGGCUAUUAUCAUAGUCAUCAUCUAUUAUUGCAGCUUCUUUGGCAGCGAAAAUCUCUCAUCUCAAUCUACCGAUUCUGCGGCUGCUCCGAUGCCUUCGCAUGCAGUUAAUCGAUGGCUCAGGCCCGAGGUGUAUCCACUGUUUGCGGCCGUAGGCGUAGCCGUCGGAAUUUGCGGUAUGCAGCUGAUCCGUAACAUCUCUGGCAACCCCGAAGUUAGGGUGACGAAGGAAAACAGAGCUGCAGGAGUGUUGGAUAACUUUGCUGAAGGGGAAAAGUACUCACAGCAUGCCCUUCGAAAGUUUGUCCGAAACAAGUCUCCAGAGAUCAUGCCGUCUAUCAAUGCCUUCUUUGCCAACCCUGAAGAUUGAUAGACAGAAAAUGAGGGUUUCAUAUUACAUUGUCUAUUGAUAAACACUAUUGAAAUUUAAACCACAAUAUCGAAAUUUAAACCCUUUUUUAAUCCAUUCACAAAUUAUGAUUGGGUGAUUGUGGAAGUUUGAAUAAACUUUAUGCACUGGCUCUAGACUUCUUGUGGAAACUGCUCUUUUUUGUAGUGAUGCUUGCUAUUUUUUCCUUUA